GGGCCCGGCCCCGCCAGCGCCAUGAAGACCCCGGCCGAGGAGGUCGCCGCGCUGCCGCCCUCAGGUGGGUCCUCCGGGCCGGGGGCACCCUCUUGCGCGGCCGGGAGAGGAGCGGGCGAGCUCCGGAGACCCCUGCCCUCGCCUGCCCUUGCGGAUGCGGGGGCCGAGGGCGUCGGGGAGGCGAUCCAGCUGAAGGUGCCGGCGCUGCAGCAGCUCUACCACUGGGACUGCGGGCUGGCCUGCUCCAGGAUGGCGCUGCGGUACCUGAACCUGCUGAAUGAUGAAGACUUCCAGAGAGCAGUCCGGGACCUCCAGUUGACCAAAAGUAUCUGGACAAUUGACUUGGCCUACCUGAUGCGUCACUUUGGGGUGAAGCAUCUAUUCUGCACCCAGACGCUGGGCGUAGACAAGGGCUACAAAAACCAGUCUUUUUAUAGAAAACACUUUGACAUAGAGGAGAACCGUGUAAACCAACUGUUUGCCCAAGCAAAAGCCUGCAAGGUGCUGGUGGAAAAACGAACUUUCUUGGCAAGGGGAUGGCAGAUGGCCACUCAAAGAACCACAGUUACAGUGACCGUCGGGGACAUCCAGGAGCACCUCUCUCAGGGCCACAUCGCCAUCGUGCUGGUCAAUGCUGUCUUGCUGCUGUGCGACCUCUGCUCCAGCCCAGUCAAGUACUGCUGCUUCCUGCCCAUCGGCCAGAAGUGCUUCUGCCGCAGCCCCGACUACCAGGGCCACUUCAUCGUCUUGUGUGGCUACAACAGAGCUUUGGAGUGCAUUUAUUACAACAACCCUGCCUACGCAGACCGAACAUGCAGCACCAGCAUCCAUAACUUUGAGGAAGCCAGGACCAGUUACGGCACAGACGAGGAUAUCCUCUUCAUUUAUCAAAACAGCUGACCCUCCGGCUGGGGCUCCCAACUCAUCGCCAUUGUGGCAGCCAUCUCAGGACUCUGAGACCUCCGCUUCUGCACUGUGCCGGGUUGGAAGCAAAGGAGGCGUUAAGACUCGGGGAGAUGGAAGGGAGGAGAAUGUAUUUUAUGCCACCUUAAAAGCAGAAUGUCCUUUGCAGUCACAAUGAAUAACAGGAUGCGUUUUCCAGUCAGGGUCUGUCUGGGGACCCCAAGAGAUUUUGCUGGGGGAUGGGACUCUGGUCCCAACUCUGGUCCCAAAUCAAAUCUCGGCCAGUCCCCCCUCCCUAAAGAAGACUGAACUCUGAAACAAAAUGAGUGUGCUUUCUUCUGAUGCUGCAACCGGAUGCGGUGUGCUCGCCCAGCCCUAAGCCCAUUCUCCCUCCCUCCAAGCCUUUCUCCGUUCGGCUCGCCGGAUCUCCUCUGGUCAGGCUGUUGCCUGCUUCGCAGCCAGGCUGCUGCUGCCCUAAGAAAAAGCAAAUCUGUACAUUUUUGCACAUUUGAAGUUUCAAGGUGCAGAACCUCCGUUCACAGGAAUGAAACUCAAAGGCAGUCCAACUUCCUGAAUCCCACAAGAGCAGCUCUUUCCUAUCAUUCACCCAGUUUUUUAUUCUGCUGAUAAAAAUCAAGCCAAUACAUGAAGUAAUAGAAGGAAUGAGGCCGAAAGGAAAGGAAGGAAUCCGUGUCUUAUAAAGCAGAGUUCAAAGGGGAUGAUUCCCAGAAGCAUACACACAGGCCCGAAACUGCAGUCACUGGCUCCUUCUGAAGCCUCCUCCCCCCCUUACAGGGACUUUUCAGGUGAGACACAAGUUUGGCAAUGUUGGCAGAAGAUGGAAUUCCUUUUUGGAAAAGGUUUUCUCAGAGGACUUAAAUAGUUUCUUUAGGACUACAGGUUUUGGACUGUGUGAAUCAGCACUUUUGUCAAUCAAUCAUAUUGAAUAAUGUCCAUUUAAUUGAUAUUCAGUGAUUAGAUUACCUGUGAAAGGUCUUUUAAAAGACAAUAGAGACGCAGCUGCGUGCUUGUUCUAGUUCAGCAGUCCCAGUUCAUCAGCAUUUUCCUCCUCGAGCUCAUCACAGGCUCAAGUUCACUCAGAAGCCAACCUUGCUAGAUGCAGUCAGCUCUUCCUCCCAACUCAGCCAGGACGGACAUCCGAGCACCAUCAGUCCUAAGGAUGCUGCACUUUGAGCUGUCCUUAGCUCCUACCAUCUGAGCGAAGCUGUGUGCCUGCUUCCCACCCUUUGCCCCAAGUUAGCUGGCCAGGUAAUGGCCACUCUGGACCUCAAGCUUGCUCUGCCAGUUUAAAGUGGCUACAGCAAGUCCAAAUGUGAUCUGUUUUGGCCCCAAGAAGGGCUGUAAGCAUUCAGGAGAAGGGCAGGAGCCUCCUCCUGUUGGGCAGGGAACUUGCCUUGGGCUGGAAAUCUGCCAGGGACUCCCAACUCCUUGGCAUUGCCUGCUGGGCGGGGGAGAGCUACGCCUGUCUGGGAGGCCCAGGUUUCUACCUCAACACACCGUAUUUGCUCUCGGCUGAGGGGGACGGGGGUUGCUUCCCUGAAGGCUUCAAAUAACUAUGCUGUAUGUCUGCUCUGUGGUCAAAUUCUUGUAAGUGCCUAUUAAUGGCAGAGAAUUCUGGGGAGCAUCUUUGAAGUUAUCCAAGCGAAGGAAGCCGGGUGAGGAGCCAAUGGAAGUGGGCAGGACAAGUGACAUGUUUGGGGCCUCUGUUGCUCCCAUCCAAUGAAGUUCUUGCACAGGAAGGAGUCCAGCUUUCAAAACCUUUAGUAUUGUUGAGGCUUCAGUGUUAUUUCCGUCUUGCCUGCUCGUAGUAUUGGUUUUGUUCAUAAACAGUAAAGGCUUAACGUGCUGCUUAAUCUCCUAGUCUCCAGUUUCAGGGUGCUGCUUCUCAGGGGCUCCCUCUGAACCAAGCCGAGCUGAAGCACAGCAGCUGCUUUCCUAAGCAAACUCCUUAACAAGGGUGAGGAGGCAGCUCCACCGGCCGGAAGGAUUGCUUGGUUACAAGAUGCCACCUUCACAAAGGAAACAUUCACACGGCUGAAGUUGGCCAUCUGUCCUGGUAUCCUCCAGUUACGGGAUGAUGUGUGGCUGGCCUUGGAGGCCAGUGGGGGAGGCUCCCCAAUCUUGGUGCAAAACCUGCAGAGGGGAAAGUUCUGCCUUCCCCGCCGAGAGGGCAAAGCUGCUCCCGGCUGAGCUGCUGGCGCAAGAGAAGGGGCAGGAGGCUGCCUUGGGGGGUGGGCAGGGGCAUUGGGGAAGUCAGAACAAGGCCUGCCUCGGCCCUGCACGCUUCCUCUUCAUUUGGGUGCUCUGAACAAUUCAAUGUUUAUGCAAACUUCAUGAUCACAUGACAGUAAAAGGGAAGAAAAUCUGCAAACUAAGUUUUAUAUACAAAAAUAUGUUUGUAAAUCAUUCAAUAAACCCUGCUUUCUUGAGCA